AUGCGCGACUACCCAGCUGCUCAUCCAUCGAUCAUGGCUCCUCCUCCCAACAACACACCCUUCUUCCUCAUCGCGCUCGCCGCCGUCGUCCUCGUGAUCCGCCCGGCGCCGGCUGCCGCAGAGGUCACCGUCGCGCCGCCCAUCGACAUCCUCAAGACCCUCUCCGCCUACCCGGAGUUCAGCGCCUUCACCUCCAUGAUCAACGACACCGGCCUCGCCCUCUCCAUCAACGCCCAAAAGACGGUCACCGUGCUGGCCGCCAACAACACCGGCCUCCCCGUCGCCGCGCUCCGCCGCCUCCCGCACCAGCUCCUCGGCGACCUCCUCUCGCUCCACGUCGUCCUCGACUACCUCGACCCGGAGAAGCUCGACGCGCUGCGCCUCGGCCGCACCGGCAAGGGCUCCAAGGUCACCACCCUCCUCCCGGGCCGCGAGACCAAGUUCCUCCGCGUCACCGGCGGCGACAAGAGCCGCAUCACCUUCUCCUACGCCGGGCCCAUCGGCAGCGGCCGGCCGCCGCGGAACGCGACCCUCGUCAGGGUCGUCACCGCGCAGGCCUUCAGCCUCAUGGUGCUCCAGGUCGACGGCCUCGUCCUCCCGGCCAUGAUACCGGCCACCGUCGCCGCCCCGUUCGACGUCGCCAAGAUCAUCGCCGGAUUCCCCGACCUCGGCGCCUUCGCCACCCUGCUCGCCCAGACAGGACUCGCCAGCGCCAUCAACGCCCACCCGAUCGUCACCGUCCUCGCCGUCAACAACACCGACCUCGCCGCCGCGCUCGGCGGGAUCCCGCCCAAGGCCACCGCCGACGUCCUCGCGCUCCACGCCGUCCUCGACUUCCUCGACACGGAGCGGCUCGACGCGCUGCGCCGCGGCCGCACGGGCGACGGAUCCAUCGUCACCACCAUGCUCCAGGGGACCGGAUCCGGCGGCCGGGGCCGAGGCGCCGGGUUCGUACGCGUCUCGGGCGGCGAGGACGGCCGGAUCACCUUCUCCUCCGCGGCGCCCGGCGCCGGCGCGACGCGCAACGCCACGCUCCUGAAGGUAGUCACCAGGCAGGCGUUCAGCGUCAUCGUGCUCCAGGUGAACGGCCUCAUCGUCCCCCCAGGCCUCGUCGUCGCGCGCGCACCCGCACCUUCACCACAGAAACCGAGGGCCAGGCACAUGUCGCUGCCUCCCACCCCUGCGCCAGCGCCGGCGUACUCGCCGGCGUCCCCAGUCAUGCCCGAGCCUGAACCGGAGGGGCCCAAGACCACGCCGCCGCCAUCUUCGGUCAUCCCGAUACCCAGCGUUCACGGCGGAGUGGCGGCCAAGAUUCCAGCGCCGAAUGCCGGACACAUGGUGACGGGGACCUGGUGGAGCAGUGCCGGUGCGGCAUUGGGGAUCAUGGCGUGCCUGCUUGCCAGUCUUCACCCUGGGCAUGAGCAGGAUGUAUUGAGGAUUGGUGCUGAUGCACUGCAGCAGAGGGCGAUGGAUGAAGCUGGGACUGGGCCGGUCACUCAUGCAGCUCCGCUUGCUGCUCCUACUAGAAACAUGGAUGAUAACAUGGAAGGUGAUUCGUGCUGA